AUGGCCGCUGAGGGACUGGUGGUGGAGUUUCAGAAGUUUAAUAAGAAUGCCAGACACUUGAGGCGGCUACAGAGGGAGACUAUACAAUCCAUAGAAGAUGUGGGACUCUCGGGCAACUUGUCGGAAGGUGUUGAUGUGCAGUGUGUGGCUCAGGAUGUGGGUUGCCGUCAGGCCAGGUCGGGUGGUCAGUCAAGUGACACUGGCAGCCACAGAUCUCCACCUUCCUGUGUCAUUUGCCAGUCUGCCCAGGUCCACAGCUCUCUGUCCACCUCCCACUUGUUCCAGCACACAGCUUCAUCUGACAUCCCUAACCACACGCGCCCUGCCCUCUGCAUCCCCGGUAACCCCUUCUUCGUGUGGGUGGCCGGCAGACGUGCGGGCGUUGCGGGGCGUGCUGGGGGCCCCACAUGCCUGGUGGUGUGGGGCCAGGACGCUUGCGGCAAGGCCCUGGUGGUGACCCGCCUUCUGGGGGAACAGGUGCUGCCCAUCGUGCCUCACGCCCCCACACAGCCGUGGCGCCCCAUCAGACUCAAGCAUGCCCAGACUCGCUCCGUGUCACUCACGCUGCCCGAUGACGCGCCGCCGGAGACCGAAGGCGCCGGGUACGAGCUGGCCUUGUCCCUGCAGGCACACCAGCGGCCUUGGGGCACCGUGCCGCGCGCCGACGUGGAGGUGGAUCAGCAAACACAGCAGGACCCUGUGGUGGGGAGCGCCGUGCUGGAGGUGGGACUCAACCACCCGCUGCUGAGGGAGGGCUUGCAGGUGGUGGUGGCGCCCUCAGACUCCUCUGACGGCUCUCCCCUCGCCUUCCUAGGGCCGCUCCUGCCAGAGGUGCUGCCCAUCGUGGUCUACGCCAUAUCCAGGGACGAACUCUCCGACCAGGAGCUGACAGACUUAAGAGAGUUGAAGAAGGUCCACCCAACCCUCCCUGUCCUGUUCAUCCGAGUUCCCCGUCUGCCGGAGACGUUCAGUGAUGACCUCCCGGAGUCUGAGCAGCAUGAUAUCCUCUGCAACCUUCGCGUCCUGCCCUCCCCCGCACGCCCUGACCCGCACCCGCAGACCCCUGACCACGCCCUUACCCCAUCCCCGCGCCCACACCCCCAGCCGGCACCCCUUCAGUUGUACCGCGUCCUCUGUGAUACACUAGGAUUUCUAACAAGGACGCCCCUGCCCAAGAAGAUCCGGUGGCGAUUUAUGGAGCAGAGUUACCAUGUGGACAGUGAGCUGGUGGAGAGCUUUGACUCCUUUGGCAACGUUGUGCCUUACAUGAGGAUGGUCCUGCAGUCCCACCUCAUCCAUGCCUCCACCCUCCUCAACCAGGCUCACAACCGAUGCAUGAGGAAGUUCAUCUUGUAUGCAUUUGACAUGGCGCGAGAGAUUCAGAUCACCCCCCGGCGGAUCAGCUAUGCCCGGGAGAAGGAGGCGGAGCUGUACGAGAGCCUUAUGGACAUUGCCUCCAGGAAGCAGGACGAGAUAAGAAAUGUCAUUGCUGAUACUGUGGCCAAGCUGAAGGAGGACCUGCUGGACAAGGCUGCUGCUUAUGAAUUCAAAGACGUGGAGGUGCUGCCACAAGGGGACCUGGUGAACAGCCGGGAGGUGCGGCAGUGCACCACGCAGAUUCAGGAACUUGUCAUUGGCUCCCUCAAUGCUGAGGUCGGGCGGCAGCUGGUGGACCGUGUGGAUGUGAUGAGGGAGUCGUACCUGGGCACCCUGCAGCGGUGUCUGGAGAACCUGGAAAAGGAUUGUCGAGCUUGUGGUGAACAUCCUCAGAUUGGAGAUGCUCUGAAGCAGAUGGUGAAUGCAGCAUACCAGGUGGAGGUGACAGUAACUACCUCAUCUUCAGUCCUCCGAUCACUCUGGGAGAAGAUGAAACAGAUAGUGGCAACCAUGCCUGGGAGGGCACCACCUGUCAUAGAUGCUGACUGGAAGAGAAAGGUGGCAUCAGACAUAAUAAUGAGCCUAUCGGAAACCAGGCUGACCAAGAGCAUAUGUGCCCAGUUCCGAGAGAGGCUAAAGAACAGCCACGACUCAUUCCUGGGCAGCCUUAAAGUCUUGGAGGCCCAACUCACCUCACGGCUUGUCAAGACAGAAGGACAACAGACCCGUAUCAAGAAGGUGGAUGCACCCAAGCUUGCUCGCCUCUCCCUGGAGUCCACUUCCCUCAGAGACAUGAUACUCUUCGGCAUGCCCCGACUGGACCGAGAGUUGGGGCGUGGCCAGUACGGUGUGGUGUACAGCUGUGAGGCCUGGGGAGGAUACCGACCAUGUGCUGUCAAAUCCCUUGUCCCACUUGAUGAGAAGCAUUGGAAUGAUCUAGCCAUGGAAUUCCACUACACAAGGAGUGUUCCUGAGCAUGAAAGGAUCGUUGCCCUCCGGGGCAGUGUGAUUGACCACACCUAUGGGCAGGGGGAGUCCCCUGCUGUGCUGCUCAUCAUGGAUAGGCUCACCAGAGACCUUUACUCUGCCAUCAAGCACGGCCUUGACUGGCUUGUCAGGCUGCAGAUUGCCCUUGACGUAACUCAAGGCAUCCGCUUCCUCCAUUCCCAAGGCCUUGUUCAUAGGGAUAUAAAGCUCAAAAAUGUCCUGUUGGACAAGCAUAACCGAGCCAAGCUGACAGACUUGGGUUUCUGCAAGCCUGAGGCCAUGAUGUCAGGAAGCAUAGUGGGUACCCCAAUACACAUGGCCCCAGAACUCUUCACGGGCCACUAUGACAACAGUGUGGAUGUGUAUGCCUUCGGUAUCCUCUUCUGGUACAUCUGUGCCGGCCACGUCAGGCUGCCACUUAUUUUUGAGCAGUGCCACUCUAAGGACCAGUUGUGGAAUUGUGUAAGAAAAGGGGCACGCCCAGAGAAGCUGCCUGUCUUUGAGGAGAAGUGUUGGGAUCUGAUGCAGGAGUGCUGGGAUGGGGAUCCUGCAAAGCGGCCUCUGCUGGGGGAUGUGGAGCCCAGGCUGGUGGAGAUCAUGGCCAUGGAUUCCAAGAGGCAAGAGGAAGAGAGAGAAAAGGCCAAGGAGCAAGUUGCUAAAGAUUUACUUGAGGAGCAAAAUGUUCAAGAUUGUACAAUUGACUCAGCCAUUGAUGCCACAGAACAAAUGGGCUGCUUAGGUUAGUGUAGUAGCCUCAGCUGCUUCUCUCCCCCACUGUAGAUGUAACUUGUUUCCAAGUAGAUCUCAUUUGUAGAUUGAUACAAGUAGUAUUUGAUGUAUGGGAUAAGUAACACAUAAGCAUGCAUAAGAGGUACAUUUUUUGUUUUGUUUGUUUCCUUGUUCAUGUGUGAGAAGUAAUUUAUUUGUGUAUUUGUCAUUGGGUUUAAAUAAUUAUUGAUAGAGUAGAGUAUACACCCUCAGAAGAGAGAUAUGUGAUAGUUGUUAAUGUAGACGUAGAACUAACACCCUAACCUUCCACAGUGCGUGGCUCUUUAUCUCACCUGGGGAACAGUCUACAGUACAUUAGUGGCACUUUGUAGCAGCUGGCCCAGGAGUAGUGCAGCUGUGGUGACAGAUAGUUGCUGCAGCCACUCAUUCAUCCAUUCCAUGCCUCAGGGAAGCCAGUGUGCUGCACUGCCCUGACCCUUUCUACAUCCUGUCUGGAAGUCCUCAUGUCUGCGUCAUUGUUUUCUCUUAAAUAACCGCUGAAAAUGUGUUCCUGAGAGGUGUGCCGAGUGAAUAGGUUCAGUGCGUUUGUAUAUUUUCUAGUGUCAACAUUUGUAUGAACCUGUAAGUGGAACAGGAAGGACAGGAAGGAUAUUCAGGCUGUACUGUUAUUUUGCAUUGCCAUUGUAGUCUUCCUGUGACCAAAGAUGAUAACUGCUAAGGGUCUUGUUCAUGUAUCUGUUUCCAGAGUGCAAAACAAACAAUAGGCUUUUGAUACUGUAUAAAAACUAUAUAUAUAUA